AUGAAACUCACCCUCCGGCCAGAAUGGCGCCUCCGACCGCUCUCUUCGGCGUUCGGCUUUCUUGACCUCAAGACAGCUGUCAUCGUCACCCUCCUCUUCGCUGUUCUGAACAAGGUCGCAGGUGUAUAUGGCCUCAUAGCGAUGCUCACUGGUGCGGGCGGCACAGCCGCGCAGCUCAGCAUGUACCUCUAUUCUGCUGUCGCUCUGGCGGCUCUUAUGUGGGGCAUUAGGUCCACGACGCAGGAAAACGCUAAACACACGCUGUACUUCGCCCACCUGUUCUUCGCUGACCACAUCAUCAACACUGCAUGGCUGAUAUUCUUCGCCGUCAUAUGGUGGGUCUACACCCCGCACGACGGCCGGCGCAUGGCCAACUCUCCGUCGCAAGAGGAGAUCGCCAAGUCGGGCCCCGCCAUGGGCAGCCACAACAUGACAGAGGCGGAGCGCCAGCAAGCGGCGAUUACCCUCUGGCACGAGGAGAAAGGUAUUGCUACCGCUGUCAUCGUCCUCGGCUGGCUCGUGAAGUUCUACUUCGCUGCUCUGAUCUACUCCUACGCCAUCCACCUUCGCAAGGGCUCAUAUCGCUCCCUGCCGCGCUCACGGCCAUCACCUACCAUCACACAAGCACCGCUUGGUAUCGUCGGUGAAGACGACGAUGACGACGUCGAGGACUUCUAUCGCAUCCCUGUGCGCGCCCCCGCCAACGGCCACGCACGGUCGUCCUCUCACGGAUCUUCGCCCUCGCUCUCGAGCUUCGCUGACUUUGUCUCCGCCCCGCCGCCGGGCCGCGCGCGGCGCAAGGCAGGCAAGUCGAACCUGAGCGUCAGCCUCAGCGCAGCAAACGGCAAGGGCGAUAUGGACGAGCCGGACGAGGUGCUGUUCGACGACGACGAGCUGAGCGCAACGGGG